AUGUGGUUCAAGGGAGCACUUGGAGCUCUUAAUGGUACUCAUGUUCCAUUAACUGUUCCCAUAGAAGAUCAAGAAAUACCAUCAAAUAUGUAUUAUCUUGUGAAUUCUGGAUACACAAAUUGUCCUGGGUUUAUUGCUCCUUAUAGAGGAACUCAAUAUCAUCUAAAUUUGUGGAGAGGAAAUACACCAACAGAUUAUAAGGAGCUAUUUAAUCUUCGACACUCAUUUGUAAGAAAUAAAAUUGAACAGGCUUUUUGGUUAUUGAAGAAAAGGUGGGCAAUAUUACGCACAGCUAGUUUUUAUGAAAUGAAGACUCAAAUUAGGAUUAUUAAUACGUGUUGCAUUCUUCAUAACUUUAUACGGGAUGAAAUGAAUGAGGAUAAGUUGUUGAGAGCUGUGGAUCUUGAAUUAGAAGAUGUUUCACUAAAUGAAAAUGAGAUAUCAGAAGAAAACAUCACAUUUGUUAGAGUCACUGAUGAGUGGACAGCCUUUCGAGAUGCUUUGGCCAAAGAAAUGUUUGAGGAAUAUCAAUCUCGGCAUCGUCGUGCUAUUUGA